GUUUCAGGCCACCUCCUCCAGAUCCUCUCUCUCCUCCCAACCAAUGAAAGCCAUGUAUAUAUAGCACACACCACAUCCUGCGAUGAUCAUGCUAACAACCUUGCAUUGCUUUCCCUUUCUCUCUCAACUCACAACAAAUAUCUCCGUCAGUAGCUGGGAACAUCAUUAUUAGCUUGCUUGUAUGUGUAAUUAACCAGCCAAUUAGCAUUCGAUCGAAUUUCAUGUUGCUACUAGCUAGCACAUUUGCAUCUUCUGUUAGAUUCUUGUUCCAUUGCAGCCAUUUCAUCAUCAACGUACCGGUGUCUCUUGCAUACUCAUGUUCUCUUCACCUAGUCUAAGCAUGCAAGGUUCCAAGAAAUUCAAGAAUGCAAUCCUCAAGAACCUGCUUCUAGGGCUCAGGAAGAAGGGCGGUGUUGAACCGAGGGACAUGAGCUUCGACGAGAGGAAGACUGCCAUCAGGCACGCCGCCGACGCCGCCCUCGCCACCGCGAGGGGCGCCGCGCCGUGCUGGAGCCGGUCCCUGGCGGCGGAGCUCUCGCACGGCGGGCACCUUCGUCCUCGUGCCAGAAGGACAGCUUCAGAAUGCAAGUCCAGCAUGAUGACGUGCAAAAGGAUCUUGAGAAGGAGGAGCCUCCGGCCACGGCCGAGGACGAAAGCCACAGCGAAGGCGGCCGGCGUUCUUGCGAGGGCCAUGGCGAGGAGGAGGGCAAAGGCGCUGAGAGAGAUCGUGCCAGGAGGGAGAGGGAUGGACGAGUGCACGUUGCUCGGUGAAACCCUAGACUACGCCGUGUCUCUGAAAGCUCAAGUCGAUGCCAUGCAGCUUCUGUUGAAGACUCUUCAGGCUCCGAAGAACCCUAUGCUGAAGCAGCAGUGAGAAGAAACUAUAUACUGAAAGGUGAAUGUGAUCCAGAUCGUUCAUGGAUUAAGCUUGUAAGAUAGAGUCCCCCCCCCCCCCCCCCGGGUUUUAUUCUCCUCCUUGUUCUUCUUCUUUCUUGGUUUCACUCAUGCGCUUCUUCGUUAGCACUGAGAUCAUGAGGCAUGAAGGAUCACGUGUAUCUUACGUACAGUGCUAGUACUACUAUGUAUAUACGGCUCCUUUUAAUACAA